ACGUGCGGCACUAGAGCUCUGUCCGAUAGGGCAUCCUAAUCGUGGCGCGGUUCUUUAUAUCCUUGCAUGCAACUUGUGGAAGAAAUUUCAGAAACAGGCUGAUAUGCCUGAGUUGCACAGGGCAGAUUUCCCUGAUCAGGCUGUGUCGGUGAUCUGUCCAUCAAGCAGGGCUGAUGUCGCCUCCUCCCUUUUCGAGCUCUCGCUACACCUCUGGGACCGGUUUCAGAAGCAGGCUACGAUGACUGACUUAGACGAUGCCAUUUGUCUCGCAGCGUACGCUUUGGAGCUUCGAUUGCCUCAUGAAGAUGUUUCUAUUGCAAGAUGGGUUCAGAGGCUGGCCCAGGGGGCAGACCCGGACGAACCCGUCAUGCUUGGUCAAGUGGCAGACAAUUUAUGUGUCCUUGUGAAUUGCCAUAGGGCCAGAUUCCAAACUCAGCACGUAAUCGCCGACCUGAACGAGGCCAUCACCUUGUACCAAUAUAUGCUGCAACCAUGACCUUGCCCAGUGUCUGGCAGAACGGUUUCGCCAGCAAACCGCAGCAGCCGAUUUGGACCGGGCCAUUGCACUUGAGCAAGAAGCCCUUGAGUUACUCAUACGUGGAGAUCCUGGCUAUGACAUGUCUCGGCGUUGUCUUACGGCCUACAUCCAAAUGAAGAUCAGCUCACAAGUUGCCAUGACUUCUCCGGAUCCUUCAGGUGUUACCCACUUUGACAUCGAGCAAGUCAUCCGUAAUGUUGCAUUUGAAACCCUUAGAACUGCACCAACCAGGCUGCUCCAUACGCCCACUGGCAUUUUGUGUAGCCGGGAUGCGCAGGUGUCGCAUUUUAUGCGCAGUCAACAGUGCAAACGGUUGAUGUCGCUGUGCACAACAUGCGAUCGAGCUCAGCAAAUGGGACUCAUC